AGAGUUCAUCCAUGGCGAGCAUCAAACUUAUUCCACAAUCCGCCCACAAGGCCCUACCGUUCUCAGCUAACCUCGCAAACCUGCUUCCGACCGGCACCGUCUUUGCAUUCCAAGCCAUUAUACCCUCCUUCUCCAACAAUGGAAGAUGCGAAGUGGCUCACAAAUACAUGACUUUAGGUUUAAUUAUUGCGUGUUCGAUCUCUUGCUUCUUAUCUUCGUUCACCGACAGUUUCGUAGGCAACGAUGGAAAGCUUUAUUAUGGUAUCGCCACCUUCAAAGGACUGUGGGUUUUCAACGACGAGGUCGAUGAUGGUCUUGAUUUGGAAAAUGACAAAAAAGAAACCGACAAAAUAUUCAACAAGUAUAAGCUCACUGCCAUUGAUUUCCUUCAUGCAUGCUGUUCUUUAACUUUGUUUUUAGUGAUUGCUUGUAGUAGCUUUGAGGUUCAACGUUGCUUUUUUCCUAAACCUGGACCAAAUGGUAAUGCAUUGAUGACGAAUCUGCCAUUAGGGUUUGGGAUCUUAGCCAGUGGAUUGUUCAUUCUUUUCCCCACGAAACGUCGAGGUAUUGGAUAUGGUGAUCAUGGCGAUGGAAAAGAAGAGAAACAGAUCGAGGAGAUAGGCCACAAGGGCUCCCUCCCAUGCCCAAAAUGAAUUACAUGUCUA